AUGAUGCUGGUGGGCAUUUGCUUCAUGGUACUGCUGCAACAAGCAGCCAGCAUGUCAAAUACCUCAGUUUUCUCUUUUUUGACUCAACAUCCAUCAGUCCAAAUGGAGAUUAUUAAUAAGCACAAUGACCUUAGAAGGAUGGCAAGUCCCAGUGCCAGGAACAUGCUUAAAAUGACAUGGAAUGACGUAGUUGCGAGGAAUGCUGCAAACUGGGCAAGCAAGUGUACCUUGUCUCACAGCCCUUCAUCUGAACGACAACUCAGCUCCAUUGGUUGUGGAGAGAAUUUAUACAUGUCCAAUAGUCCCAAAUCAUGGUCAGAUGCAAUCCAAUCUCUUUAUGAUGAAGGUAAAGAUUUCAAAUAUGGAUAUGGAAGUACACAAGCAAAUGCUGCAACUGGCCAUUACACCCAGCUCGUUUGGGCCACUUCCCACCAACUUGGCUGUGCAUUAGCCCACUGUCCUCACAGCAAGCUUCAGUAUUACUAUGUGUGCCAGUAUUGCCCUGCCGGGAACGUGUUUAAUACCAUCAGGACCCCAUACAAAAUAGGGAGACCAUGUCAAGACUGCCCUCAUCAUUGUGAUAAUGGGCUUUGCACCAAUCCCUGCAUGAAGGUGGAUAAGACAACGGAUUGUGAAUAUUUGGUCAGACAAGUAGGGUGUGAUGACACACUCACAAAAGCAAAAUGCCAGGCCACCUGUGAAUGCCCUUCUUCAAUUAAAUAA